AUGGUGCAAACGGCGGGGCUCCUCAAUUCAUUCCUGGCUGCCAUCCAGGCUAGCUUAUCAGUCCUGUUGGUCAUCUUCUAUGGCGCUAUCGCAGCGCGAUUCAAGCUCCUGGACUCGCAUUCUGCGAAAUCUAUCUCGAAGGUCUCUGUCAAGAUGUUUCUCCCGGCACUUCUCCUGACGAAAAUAGGCUCUGAGCUGCAUUCCGGCUCCGCGCAUCGUUAUCUCAUUAUCCUCCUCUGGGCCUUCGUCGCGCAUAUUGUGUCUUUCUUAAUCGGCGUUGCCGCGCAUCUCCUGCUUGGCAUGCCUGACUGGAUUACCGCUGCGAUAAUGUUUAAUAACACGACGAGUUAUCCUUUGCUGCUUAUUCAGUCCUUAGAUGAGACGGGCAUUUUGACUGAUCUGAUUGUAACGGAUGAGUCUACGAAAGACGCGAUUGAGCGAGCAAAGAGCUAUUUUCUGGUUUUUGCGACGGUGUCGAGCUGUCUGACUUUCGCCGUUGGGCCGCGACUGGUAGAUGCGGAAACGGCGCCGAGUGAUUCCGAGUCCAGUAAAGAUGGUGAUCCAGAGGAAAGUGUGGAAAAUGAGGAGCAAAAUGGAGAUAGGCGUGGAGGUUACGAUGCCGACGAUGAUGUUCCUGUUUCUCCAACGGAUCGCACCCAUCUGCUGUUUUCAGGAUCCCCAGGUCCCCGACGACGCAGCUCUUUGGCAGCCACGUCCUUCUUCCCGUCUACUCGGCCGCAGGAAGCAUCUAUCAAAACGAUUAUAUAUGACCGUCGCCCAUCAUAUAUCAGCAAGAGACGGUGGCUGGGCAUCAGCGAGAGGACACAGUGGUGGCUCCUCUUCCUGUACGACUUUCUCAACGCUCCCCUACUUGGCGCCGUACUAGGUACUAUUAUUGGCAUGGUGCCAGUGCUACAUCGUGCCUUCUUCAAUCAUACAGAAGAUGGUGGUAUUUUCAGCGCAUGGUUAACUGCUUCUUUUCAGAAUAUCGGCAGCUUGUUCGUUCCUCUCCCCGUGGUGAUCGCUGGCGUGUCAUUAUACAACGCCACGAAGCGUACCAAAGAAGAUGCCGACUCUGGCCAUUCGCCCAGAGAAAGCGUAAAUACGCCCUGGCUCACCACAGCGUUUGUUCUUAUGGUGCGAUUUGUUGUGUGGCCGAUCCUAUCUAUCAGUGUCAUCUAUCUCUUGGCAAAGAAGACAAAUUUUCUGGGCGACGAUCCGAUGCUGUGGUUUGCCAUGAUGCUUAUGCCCACGGGGCCGCCGGCUAUGAAACUUAUUACAAUGGUAGAAGUUAGUAAUGCGGGUGAAGAAGACCAGCAUAAGAUUUCAAAGCUGCUUACAAUCUCUUAUAUCAUAUCUCCAAUUUUGGCAUUCACCGUGGUUGGUAGUUUGCGGGCCAGUCAGGCUGCAAUUGGGACAUGA